AUGUCCGUCGUCUUCUUCGUCUUCUUCAACUACAGCCAAGAAUGCUUCAAUGUCUUCAUCGAUGACUAUUUCCAUGAAGAAAUCGAAGCGGAGCUGGCAAGUCGCCGUAUUCGUCACCUCCUUCCGCUUAUAUCUGCUAUAGUCGGUUGUAUAGUUCUCUUUGUAUUCGCUAUUCUAUCGUUUCUAUCACCUCCGAUUUCAACUCGUCGAUUCCUACACCGUUCUUAUUCGUUGCAUAACAGAUUUGAGGUUGAUCGGAGACAGGAGAGUCGUUUGAGUAAGUGUAUGAAUCUGAAUGAAACUAUAUAUAUGUUAUCUGCAGCUGCUGAAGUUAAAACAGAUCCGAAUCGAUAUUUGAUGAUUGCGACUAGUGGUGGCUUAAAUCAACAACGUACAGGGAUCACUGAUGCAGUUGUUGUUGCUUACAUCUUAAAUGCCACACUUGUUGUCCCGAAGCUAGAUCAGAACUCUUUCUGGAAGGAUGCAAGCAACUUUUCAGAAAUUUUUGAUGUUGACUGGUUUAUAUCUUACCUAUCCAAAGAUGUCAAGAUCAUCAAAGAGCUUCCUUUUGAAGAGGGGAAGAAUAUAACACCAUACAGAAUGCGUGUUCCAAGGAAAUGCACACCCGAAUGCUAUGAAAAACGUGUAUUACCUAUCCUUAAGAAGAAGCAAGUUAUACAGCUUGGUAAAUUUGAUUACAGGCUUUCAAAUCAUUUGGAUGCUGAUUUACAGAAAAUGAGAUGCAGGGUUAACUAUCAUGCUCUACAGUUCACUGAUCCUAUUAUUUUAAUGGGUCAGAAAUUGGUUGAAAGAAUGAGGAUGAAAAGCAAGCAUUUCAUCGCUCUCCAUUUACGGUUCGAACCUGAUAUGCUUGCAUUUUCUGGGUGCUAUUAUGGUGGGGGAGAAAAGGAAAGGAGUGAAUUGGGCACUAUAAGGAAGCGAUGGAAAACAUUACAUAAUAAAAACCCUGAAAAGGAAAGAAGGCAUGGAAAAUGCCCUCUAACACCAGAGGAAGUUGGUCUUAUGCUUAGAGCUCUAGGAUACAGGAAGGAUGUCCAUAUGUAUGUCGCAUCAGGAGAAGUGUAUGGCGGUGAAGAAACAUUGGCACCUCUGAAAGCACUCUUCCCAAAUUUUCAUACAAAAGUAACUAUUGCCAGCAAGGAAGAAUUGGAACCAUUUCUAUCGUUUUCCUCUCGAAUGGCUGCACUUGACUUCAUUGUUUGCGAUAAAAGCGAUGUCUUUGUCACAAAUAACAAUGGCAACAUGGCAAGAAUAUUAGCUGGUAGAAGGAGGUAUUUUGGGCACAAGCCAACUAUUCGUCCAAAUGCUAAAAAGCUUUACAAGCUUUUCAUGGCUAAACACAACACUUCGUGGGAAGAAUUCUCAACAAGAAUACAAACUCAUCAGAUUGGUUUCAUGGGUGAACCAAACGAGAUUAAAGUAGGACGAGGUGAAUUUCAUGAAAACCCGACAACAUGUAUAUGCGGAGGAGGAGAAACAGAGAGCGAUAAGGAUGCGCGAUUAUUAGAUAUGGCUAGGCAGGCCAUUACCAGCCACAUUAGAGUGAAAAACAAUAAUAGUGAAGCAACAAUUGAUGAGAUUUUUACAGAUUAUGAUGAUGAUUAUCAAGGGAAAGGAACUUCCAAUAUAACAGAGUUGGAAACGGAAAUUGUGCCGAAACUCGAUCAAUCAGAACCGGAGUUAAUGUUUUCAGAUUAA